ACAAAACAUGGCAUAAUAAUAAUUAUUUCAAACCCUAACCCUCUGAAAUUCAUUAAAGAAAUGCGGUGAAGCGGUCCACAUUUUUUAGAGCUAGGACUAUUAAUUGCAUUCUUCCAGUAUCUUCCAGGCACGUCGGCAACGCCGCCCCCAACCCUUUACCACCUCCACUCGGCUCCUCAGACAACAGAACCCUCGUUAUUCCACAACCAGACGCCGCGGCCGCCGACCAGUUCGAGGGGCGCAGUCAGAGGGGCAGGAAGCGCCCACGUCGCACCCCACCGCCACCGACGCGCCGCGCCGCCGCCGCCAGAUCAAUUUCCUCCGGGGCUGCUCUGAGUCGGAAGGGGGCCACGGCAGUACCGAGGAAGGAGCCCUUUGUCGUUCGUCCGUUCGCUUCUUGCCCGAAACGAGAGACAAAAGUUCUGUGAUAGCGAAGAGGAUCGUCCACUCGCGUUGGGCGAGCAAUGGAAGAAGUUUUACCCGAAGGAAAGAAUUUCAGAUUGGUGGAUGAAUCUGAGCUUCCAGAAAUCAUUGAAUUCCUUGCAAACUUCUUACCAGAUUCCAUAAAGUUUCAUCAAACUCUAAAGACUUUUGUAAACGACAGGGUUUGGGAUUUUCACUUCUACGUUACAAAGAAUUGGCCAGAGCAAGCUGUGAUAUUGCACUUUCCAGGAAUGACAAGAACGCCAAACAACAAAUUGUACGAAAGUUUCAGCGUUUUCUGUCCCUGCGAUCAACUAGAUAACUUAGAAUUAUUAGAAACGGAAGACGUGCUUAUAGAUUGGUCGAAACCGAUCUACCUGAACUUCACGCACGCGAAGAUCAUGGGCAAAAUCGAGGAUUUUUACGUCAACAUAGGCUCCAUGGAGAAACUGUAUGGGGACGUUUAUGGUCAGAUCGAACCACAGGCUGACGAAGCCCAAGCACAAGCUGUGAUAGCCGAACAGGGAGAAAUCAGCCAGCUGAAACAGGAACACGCUCAAAUGAUCCACGAUCUCUAUCCUGCCAACCAAAUGGAAUGCAUAGAAGUAUUCGAGAAGCUCAUCGAUAAAUUGCCCUGUUUUGGCGUCUUUUCUGCCCAAGGUGAAUUAGCUGCCUGGAUGGUACAGUCCUAUUAUGGUGCAAUGUUUUCCAUGCAAACGAGACCUGAAUAUAGAAGAAAAGGCUACGGCAUGUUAUUAGCCAAACACCUAACAAACUUGGUGACAGAAAGGGGUUACCUACCCUUCGUCGUAAUCCGCCCGGAGAACGACGCCUCCAAGAGCCUGUACGCCAAGCUGGGCUUCAAGAAGUACUUCGAAACGGUCAGGGCCAUCUUGCGGCCGUACGAAGAAAGCGGCGACUAUCAAGGCGGUGGCGGCGGCGGAGGGGGAACGGAGAACGGCGCGCUAGAUGGCGCGGGGGAGCUGAACGGCGACGUGGAGCUCAAGGGCGACCAAUAGGAAAGGAGAGACGGAGACUGGACGCGACAGGAGUGGGGAUAUGGAAGGAAUCCGAAGGUUACUUUGAAAUAAGAAUACGUUAAAGGUGUUUGUUUGUAAUUAUAAGUAGUUUUGUUUUAUUAAAGAUGACGGUGAAUGAUA